AUGGGUCAAGAUGAUAAGAGAUGGGAAGAAGGAUACGAACUUUUAGUCACUCAUGUUUCACUAGGACACAAUGCGGACUUCUUGUUUUCUUUCGGCAACAACUAUUCUGAAAGCGCAAGACACGAGAAGCAACUGAGCAACAACAUCCGUUUGGUCAAGAAAAAAAUUCAAGAUGGACUCAAGUUUUCUAGGAUUAUCCACUACACGAACGAGACUAUUCAGGGAAUGAAAACGAAUUACAACUCGAACAAAACUCAGGAACUUUCUUUGGAUGUUCUCGUCGUUUCGGAUUUUUUAACAUAUCAAGCAUUUUUGGAAAUGUCGAACGGAGACUCCCACAAAGCUGUUCAUGACUUGAAAGUUUAUCUUCAGGCAAUUUUUGAGCAAACCAAAAUCAUUUAUAAUGGAAUAGCUUUUGGAAAUGAAACUCUUCACAUGGUCUUUGCUGGAACUUGGAUUUCAACAUCAGAAAAAGACUGUCCAUUAUGGCUGAGUUGGGCCGAGGAAGAAGAAGAAAAAGUCAUCAAUGAUGAGAUUAUCAGAUUGGAAGAAGAACAUGAUCGAUGGAAUUCCACUAUCGAAGAAGAAGAAAAAGAUUGGUUAAUGAACUCAACAGAAUUAUCUGCAGACAACAACUCGACGGACGACUUGCUUUCGUCAGAAAAGCGGAAGAAAUUGAGAAAGUUUGUAGGCGUUACACUGGAAGAGUUGCAGGAAAACAAUAGUACCGAAAUGGCAUUAAAGAUUGAUUCGAAGAAAGCAGUUGAUAAGUUUACAAUCUGGCUGAAAGAGCAAAAAGGACUACCAAGGCAUGAACAUGCAGUUUUAAUCACAAAAUUCGACCUAAUCAGUAUCAAUGGUCACUCAGCUACUCAAGGAAUGGCAUACGUUGGGAACAUCUGUGAGAAUGGAGAUUCAAGUUCGGUUGUAGAAGAUAUUGGGGCAGGACUAACUUCACUAAUCAUGGCACAUGAGAUCGGACAUUCCCUUGGAGCACUUCACGAUGGUGCAUUUGAGGCAGCCGACUGUGAUUCAAAUGACAAUUAUUUGAUGGCAGUUGCUGUUUCAGGAAGUGCAGAUCGACAAAGUUUCCUAAAUAGUCGGCGAAUGAGUAACUGCAGUGUAAAUUCGAUUAUAGAAAAUCUGAAAGAACCAACUGCCAGUUGUGUAAAGAAAUGGAAAACUAAAGGAGGGAAAGAUCAGAGAGAUUUUAUGAAGAAACCAGGAGAGACUGUGAACUUGGCAAGACAGUGUCAGAUUGCAUUCGGUCCCACCUUCAAGCCUUGUUUGCACAUCGGAUACUUCCAUGGACAAUCAAUCUGUGAAAGGAUCUGGUGCAGCGACGGGGACAGUGAUGAAUGCCAAACACUCAAUUAUUUUCCUGCUUUCGAUGGAACCGAUUGUGGAUAUAAUAUGGCAAGUAAUUUUUGGUGUAUCGAAGGACUUUGUGUUCAAAACACCAAGAAAUGGAUGGAUUGUAAAGAUUUGAAUUCGAAAACUUGCUCGAGAUACUCUACUUCUAAACUGAAACACUAUUGCAAGUCGAAAGAUUUUCGAGAGAUCUGUUGUAGAACGUGUGCUCAAAAAGGAAAAGUAUACUAG